AUGAACUCUACCUCCACAGACUCUGUGGGCCUGUCCCCAGUCCUCAUCGCACUCCGUACUUGUUUCAUCGCCAUCAUUGCACUGCUGAUUAUAUCUGGGAAUAUUCUUUCAAUUGCCGUGACACGCCGUGUAACCAGCUUAGCUGACAGCACCAAGGUUCUGAUGACAUCACUGGCUGUGUCUGAUCUCCUGGUUGGAUUCUGUGCAGUAGUCAGUGUUGUUGCAUCUGCUCUGGACAGCUGGCCUUUAGGUGAUGUGGGCUGCGAAGUGGUCAGCAUUUUGUCCUCAAUAUGUUUCUUAAUGUCCUUACUGUCAAUUGUUGGUCUUAACAUAGAACGGUUUCUGGCUGUAACCCGACCUUACAAGUUUCCUGUGUGGUGUAGCAGAUUUCGGAUCCAAACGGCCGUGAUUUUCCAAGCAAUUCUCAGUUUGUGUUUAAGUUUUGUCGCCAAAUUUGGAUUUAAUGUUCCUCUACAAUUUGAUAAUACUCUGCAAAUUUGCGAGUAUGUGAACACUCCACUUCUUAUGCAUAUGAGUAACCUACUUAUUAUAGUUAUAAUUCCUACAUUAUUGAUGUCAUAUAUUUACUAUCAUUUGAUUAAGAUCAGUCGCCAACAUGAACAGCGACUGAAUCAAAAUGGCAACAAUGAGGCAAUCAAUAAUCAUGACAACAAAGCCCUCAAGACAUUCCUUGUUGUUACUUUGACAUUUGCUGGAUGCUACACACCAAAUCUAACCUUGGAAACCUUGAUGUCAUUAUCAGGAGUAUCUGCUCCAGGUUGGCUGCAGUUUCUUUUUUUGUGGUUGAUGGUCAGCAACAGUAUGUUCAACGUCAUCAUCUACUGCCUCUUCAAUAAGGUAUUUCGUCAAACAGCUAAGAAAAUUCUCUCAGAGAGAUUCCCCUGUUGCAACAGAUCGAUCGCCCCAGUUGAAAUUGGGUUCUAA